AUGGCAGAUGCUACAGCCCCAUUGGUGCACAACGGAACUGAUUAUGUAUUCUUACGAUCAGCGACAGCACAUACCGUAGCCGGCUUCUUUACAUGGGCAGCUUUGUUUAUCACCAUACAUCAGGUAAGAGCUUCGGUUUUAUGUUUUGUAUUAAGGGUAACAAGAGGAGGAUAGCUACUAAUAGUUUUGGGUGAGGAGAAUUGCUGUCCAAUUAUUAUAUCUACAUUUUGUAGAUCUACCAACACUUGCGAUGGUAUUCUUGUCCAUCAGAACAGCGAUGGAUCGUUCGUAUUUUAUUUAUUGUCCCAGUGUAUGCAUUCGACUCGUGGUUGUCAUUGAUCUUCUUCACCAAUGAUGUUUACGUCUAUUUUAAUUCGAUCAGAGAUUGUUACGAAGCCUUUGUAAUCUACAGUUUCUUGAGUUUGUGUUAUGAAUACCUUGGAGGCGAGAGUAACAUCAUGGCCGAGAUCAGAGGGAAACCAAUUCGGUAGGUUUAGAAAUGAUUUCAAAGACUAUAUUGGAUUUUUACAUGAAUUUUGCUUUAACCAUGCUUUUUAUGUCUUAUGACUGGAGAAUUCAAAUUAAUAUAAAUUUAAAGCCACUAAUAUUAAUUAUAACCAAUGUAACCAUUCAGACCAACUAACUAUGCCACCCUUACCUGUUGUUUGGCUGGAAAGCAGUACACGAUCGAAUUCCUUCGCUUCUGUAAGAAGGCUACACUCCAAUUCUGUCUGAUCAAGCCUGUCAUGGCUGUUUUGACACUCUUCUUGAUGAUGAUUGGCAAGUACGAAGAUGGAGAUUGGAGUAUGGAAAAGGGAUACUUCUACGUUACUAUUGUCUACAACUUCUCCGUAUCUGUGGCGUUGUACGGUUUGUUCUUGUUCUACACAGCUACUCGUGAUCUCCUACACCCUUAUAACCCCGUUCUCAAGUUCUUCACCGUUAAGAGUGUCAUCUUCUUGUCGUUCUGGCAAGGUGAGUGUUUUCUCUUGGUUUCUUAAUGUAUUUAGCUGAAAAGAACCGUUUGGAUGAGGUGCCUUAUUAGAUUUACGUUACUCAUUCUAAUUGUGACAAUUUAAGGUUUCUUGAUUGCCAUUUUGGGUGCCACUUCUGCCAUCGACCCUGUUGUAGAUGCAAAUGGAACAGAAAUCAUUUCCCGCGGAACUGUAGCUGCUGGAUACCAAAACUUCUUGAUUUGUAUUGAAAUGUUCUUCGCUGCCAUUGCUUUACGAUUUGCUUUUGGAGUUUCCGCUUACAUCGAUGCUCAUGCUGGUAGGUCAUAAUACUUUACAUUACUACAAAAAUAACCUACAAAAUCAAUAUAAAUUUAUCUUGAAAGUUGUGUAAUAUAGGUUUUUAAGUAAAAAAUUAAUUUUAAUUCGUUUUUAGUCCACAAUGACGGUGCCGAACCUCGGCCGAUGACUUUGCAAAGUAUCAGUUCUUCGUUGAAAGAGACCAUGAACCCCCGUGACAUCAUGCAGGAUGCCAUCCACAACUUCCAUCCUCAAUAUCAGCAGUACACACAACACUCGAACCCUUCUCGAUCGGUUGGUUUUUAGUUUUCUUGAGUUAUUUAUAAGAACAAUACUGGUAUAUUAUAAUAAAGAGUAAAAGGAUGACUUUAAGUAAUAGUGUUAGUUUUGUGACAGUUUAGUGCUUUUUUGUACCUUUUUCUGUACGUUUCAUUAAUGUGAGGUUUUGUAGCCUUCUUGUAUAGUUAUUAAUGUAUCAAGGAUGUACUUUACAUUAUAUUUUAUGUUUUAUCGUAUCUUUGUGCUUAGUGGUAGUGGUCGUAACUGUUGUGCCUUAUUAUAGAUGUCGUCAUCGUCGGCACAGAACGUUCACGCCGUUCCUAACUACAGCGCGACGGCAGACCCGUUCUCGCCCGAGGCAUUGCCCAAUACUUCUUUGGAUAAUCCAUUCGCAGCCAGCUCUAGUCAUCAGGCGAAUCGAAGAGGCGACGAGAGAAACGGACAGUCUCUCAUCUAGAGGAUACGAAUCUGCAUAUUGUAAUGUGUAAAUGGGUAGUCGUGUUUGAGUAUUCGGUGUGAUACUGUAACUUUGUAGCUACCAUGUUAUUACAAUGUCACAAAGUUGUUAUUGAUAUCACAAAGACAUACAUACAAAAGAUUGUCAAUAUCGCAUGAGAAGGUGACAAUCUUGAGUAUGGACCUUGUAUUAUACACCAUAGUGUGAUGUAUACUACAAUACGUCGUGUCUUGUGAUAUGAUAACAAUGAAAAGAUACAAAGCGACACGUAUCAUGUUACAAUACUCAAACUAGGCGUUGUAAAAAUCUUAACGUUCCAAAAUUUCAAAUAAUCUAAACUUUUAUAAAUUAAUAUUGUAAACUUAUGGUGCAUAUUAUUGUUGUGAAACCUGUUCAGCUAAAGUAAUAUCAGAAAUCUCGAUGAAUAAAUGUUUGUUUUAUUGGUGUUACUAUGGGCUGUGAAGUUUAGUGUUACUAUUGGCUAUCAAGUUCAGUUUUCCUUUGAUUUUGAUUGAGAAAUGCGUAGAAUUGGCCUUCUAUCUAUUUAUUGACCUUCUAAAGUAUAAGAUUAGUCUUGGGAUGAUGUUGGGAACAAAUUCUACGCAUUUUUUGACCGAACCUAUUAUAGUGACGGGCACGUUCAAUACCUAGUUAAUGGUUGUGAUGGAGUGUUUUGAGUAUGUUAAUAUUACUAUGUCGUCGCAAGGCUUUAUGAGGUAACAAUCAUAAUGUACACAUCAAGUUUAAUAUGUAAAGUUUCAAAUUAUAUUAGUCUACUAAAACUUGGUAGACUUAUAUUAAUCAUACAAAGCUGCUUACGUGUAGCCACAGUAACAAUGUCAAAAGGCGUAUUAAAGAAUCAGACAUUUUAGGGCGCAGCACCAGCUGAUCCCGCCGACCCCAACAACAAGGGUCUGACAUCAUCAACAUCUGGAAACAACUACAGUAGCAUGGGUUACACCGGUCCUCAAGGCGAAGUCACUCCCCAAACACCGAGUAAACCUAACUUUUUCGAUUAA